AUGCUGGCCACGCUUUGCUACUAUUUUCUCCUGGUAUUACUGUAUCUACGACACGCCAAUGCUCAAACGCUGCGGGCUGAGAAUCCGGAUGAACGUUUCGUCCGGCUCAACGUCAACCGGGACAGUUGGCUCUCUUUUGAUGAAUAUUUGCACACCGAUGAAGCCUACGAAAAGGCAAAGCGUCAGGAAUUCACGUCGUUGGACCAGAAUCGUGAUAACAUGAUCGAAGAUCACGAGUUUUUGAGCCAUUUCGCUCGGCAUCAAUCGAAUCCGAACGACCCGAGGGCGCAAUAUUUUGGGAAGAUUUUCCAAGACUUCGACACGAACAAUGACCUAGGACUUAGCGUGAAGGAAAUUGAGCGAAUCCUGCGCGACAAUUUCCACCUUGAACCCCGCCAAGAUCUCGAUCAAAUCUUCGCCUUUUUCGACAAGGACCACUCGGGGAAUUUGGAUCUGUUCGAGUAUAUCAACUUUGAGAAUGGAUACCCGGUUGACGAGAUUCCCAAGGAUUUUAAGCCAGUCCGCGUCGUCAUCAGGGACGCACAACCCUCGAAGCAACAGCCACCCGCAAAUGGCCCAUUUGCACCGGAAACGGAAGUGAGGGUGCACUUUAGGGUGAAGACAAGCGUCCAAGUUUUAGGUGUCCCCUUCGGAUAUAGGAAAUGCAAGAACGGC